UUUAUCUACUGUAUCGGCACCGCUUUGUCUCUGUCAAAAAGGUCAUUAAACUCGCCUAACUGCGUAAUUCGCAGCCUCCUGCUCCAGACUCGCUCCACAGCUCUUCCCUUCCCUCGACACCCAGCGCCACUUGAAAAAAAAUUUAUUAUUGCUAAUAAACAAGGUUUUUUGUUUUUUUCUUUUUUAACCCUUUCUAGCUUGCUCCCCCUACGGGUCCUGUUCCAUCCCACGGAAUAUGACAGUUUCUCUUUAUUCUUUCUCAGGAGGGAUGCAGGCCAGUCCCUCCUGCAUGGCUGGAGAAGAGGGAUGGGAAGUACCAGGGUACAUCUCAGCCACCCCUCUGAAUCUAAGGAUGCAGCUGUCUUUCUCCGACGCCCCUGUCGUUGCAAUGCACGGUCCAGUCUUGUCUUCCCCAGCAAAGGGUCUGGCCUGGGCUCUCCUGCCCCUACCAGCGCCUGCGGCUCCCCUAGCCCAGCUUGGACAAUUCUCUGUGAAUUCUGUCUCCCCAAUCCACAGCCCCAACUCUGCUUCCACGAGGGAUGGGGUUAGGGAGGGAAACCGGCUCUUGGGUCCGUCUCCGGCCGCCGCCGUCCAGCCACCGCGGGCGACGUGCGAGCUGGAAGGCUAGACUCUGUAGACCGCGGGCUCCGAGUCUCUUUGCUCCUGGAGGGCGCGUCUUCAGCUGGUCGGGCCGCUAGGCUGCCGCGGUCUUCCAGCUCGCGGUGCCAGCUCUCGUGCUCCACGCUCCCAGGCUCCGUGCCCUAGCAGUUGAAGGGACUGGGGGGUGGCAGGGCGGAUGGGGACGUCUGGGAAGCGAGGCGAGUCCUCGUUCUCCGGGCGUCCCCCAAACCGCGUCCAGGGUCCCCUUCCCCGCCCCCUGCGCAGGUGUGAGCGCACGAGUGUCGCCUCAGCGGGUGUGAGUGUGAAGUGUGUGUGCGCGGGGGAGCACGCGGAGGGAGCGCAGGCGGCGGGUGGCGCAGGAGGCGGGAGGCAGGGCGCGGGGGAGGGGGCUGGGAGGGAGUGUGUGCGCGCGUGCAACUCCACUCCGGGGCUUUGUGCGAGCCCGGGCGAUAGCAUCGGCGGCGGCAGGAGGAGGAGCGGCCGGAGACGCGUGCAGCCCUCCCGCCAGCGCCCGGCAGCCGGGGCAGGUGGGAGCCCGCGCGGGAGCGGAGCCGAAGCGAGCCGCAGUCGAGUCCGAGCGGAGUCCGGGCGGAGCCCAGAAGCCUUGCUCGCGGGCGGCCCGUGGGCGGCAGCCGGGCGGGGCGGGCGCCCGCGGGGCGGCCCCCCAGUAAGAUGUGCGCGGCGCCGCGGGGCGCCCCCCACUCGCAGCGGCGCUCACGAGCGGGGCAGCUGGGCCAGGCGGCGCCUCGGGGGCUGCUGCGCGCCCGCGCCUAGAGCUGCCGCCCCAGGGAGCCCGCCACGGCCGCGCCCCGGGCACGCUCGGCGGCGCCCAACGAUGACCGCUCCCUGGCGGCGCCUCCGGAGUCUGGUUUGGGAAUACUGGGCCGGGCUCCUCGUGUGCGCCUUCUGGAUCCCGGACUCACGCGGGAUGCCCCACGUCAUCCGAAUCGGAGGAAUCUUCGAGUAUGCAGACGGCCCCAACGCCCAGGUCAUGAAUGCUGAGGAGCACGCCUUUCGAUUUUCUGCCAACAUCAUCAACAGGAACAGGACUCUGCUGCCCAAUACAACCUUGACCUAUGACAUCCAGAGGAUUCACUUCCAUGACAGCUUCGAAGCCACCAAGAAGGCCUGUGACCAGCUGGCACUGGGCGUGGUGGCAAUCUUCGGCCCGUCACAGGGAUCCUGCACCAACGCGGUCCAGUCCAUCUGUAACGCCCUGGAGGUGCCCCACAUCCAGCUACGCUGGAAGCACCACCCACUGGACAACAAGGACACCUUCUACGUGAACCUCUACCCUGACUAUGCCUCUCUCAGCCACGCCAUCCUUGACCUGGUUCAGUACCUCAAGUGGCGGUCGGCCACCGUGGUCUAUGAUGACAGUACAGGGCUCAUCCGACUGCAGGAGCUCAUCAUGGCGCCAUCGAGAUACAACAUCCGCCUGAAGAUCCGCCAGCUCCCGCUGGACUCGGACGACUCGCGCCCUCUGCUCAAGGAGAUGAAGCGAGGCCGGGAGUUCCGCAUCAUCUUUGACUGCAGCCACACCAUGGCUGCCCAGAUUCUCAAGCAGGCCAUGGCCAUGGGCAUGAUGACCGAGUACUACCACUUCAUCUUCACCACUCUGGAUCUUUAUGCGUUAGACUUGGAGCCCUACCGCUACUCGGGGGUGAACCUGACAGGGUUCCGGAUCCUCAACGUGGACAACCCCCAUGUCUCCGCCAUCGUGGAGAAGUGGUCCAUGGAGCGGCUGCAGGCGGCUCCCCGGGCAGAGUCCGGCCUGUUGGACGGAGUGAUGAUGACUGAUGCCGCCUUACUGUAUGAUGCCGUCCACAUCGUGUCCGUGUGCUACCAGCGGGCCCCCCAGAUGACUGUGAACUCCCUGCAGUGCCAUCGGCACAAGGCUUGGCGCUUUGGCGGCCGCUUCAUGAACUUCAUCAAGGAGGCUCAAUGGGAAGGAUUAACCGGACGGAUUGUUUUCAACAAAACCAGCGGCUUACGGACUGAUUUCGAUCUGGACAUCGUCAGCCUGAAGGAGGAUGGCCUGGAGAAGGUUGGGGUGUGGAGUCCUGCCGAGGGGCUCAACAUCACAGAAGUCGCCAAAGGCCGAGGCCCUAACGUCACCGACUCUCUGACAAAUAGGUCACUUAUCGUCACCACAGUGCUGGAGGAGCCCUUUGUCAUGUUCCGAAAGUCCGACAAGACCCUGUUUGGGAAUGACCGGUUCGAGGGCUACUGCAUUGACCUGCUCAAGGAACUGGCUCACAUCCUGGGCUUCUCCUACGAGAUCCGGCUGGUGGAGGACGGCAGAUACGGGGCCCAGGAUGACAAGGGCCAGUGGAAUGGCAUGAUCAAGGAGCUCAUUGACCACAAGGCGGAUUUGGCUGUGGCCCCCCUGACCAUCACCCACGUCCGCGAGAAGGCCAUCGACUUCUCCAAGCCCUUUAUGACACUCGGUGUGAGCAUCCUGUAUCGCAAGCCCAAUGGCACCAACCCCAGUGUCUUCUCCUUCCUCAACCCCCUGUCCCCAGACAUCUGGAUGUAUGUGCUCCUCGCCUACCUGGGUGUCAGCUGUGUCCUCUUUGUCAUCGCCAGGUUCAGCCCCUACGAGUGGUACGACGCGCACCCGUGCAACCCUGGCUCCGAGGUGGUGGAAAACAACUUCACUCUGCUAAAUAGCUUCUGGUUCGGAAUGGGGUCACUCAUGCAGCAAGGGUCUGAACUGAUGCCCAAAGCCCUAUCCACCCGGAUCAUCGGUGGCAUCUGGUGGUUCUUCACACUCAUCAUCAUCUCCUCCUACACGGCCAACCUGGCCGCCUUUCUGACUGUGGAGCGCAUGGAAUCGCCCAUCGACUCUGCCGAUGACCUGGCCAAGCAAACCAAAAUCGAGUACGGGGCUGUCAAGGAUGGGGCCACCAUGACCUUCUUCAAGAAAUCCAAGAUCUCCACCUUCGAGAAGAUGUGGGCCUUCAUGAGCAGCAAGCCCUCGGCGCUGGUGAAGAACAACGAGGAGGGAAUCCAGAGGACGCUGACGGCAGACUACGCGCUGCUCAUGGAGUCCACCACCAUCGAGUACGUCACCCAGAGGAACUGCAACCUCACCCAGAUCGGGGGCCUCAUCGACUCCAAGGGCUACGGCAUUGGCACGCCCAUGGGCUCCCCGUACCGGGACAAGAUCACCAUCGCCAUCCUACAACUGCAGGAGGAGGACAAGCUGCACAUCAUGAAGGAGAAGUGGUGGCGGGGCAGCGGGUGUCCCGAGGAGGAGAGCAAGGAGGCCAGCGCCCUGGGUAUCCAGAAGAUCGGGGGCAUCUUCAUCGUCCUGGCCGCCGGGCUGGUCCUGUCCGUGCUAGUGGCUGUGGGCGAGUUUGUGUACAAGCUCCGGAAAACAGCAGAGCGAGAGCAGCGUUCCUUCUGCAGCACCGUAGCCGACGAGAUCCGUUUCUCCCUUACCUGCCAGCGUCGGGUCAAGCACAAGCCUCAGCCUCCCAUGAUGGUUAAGACUGACGCCGUCAUCAACAUGCACACAUUCAAUGAUCGCCGGCUUCCAGGCAAGGACAGCAUGACCUGCAGCACAUCAUUGGCCCCCGUAUUCCCCUAGGCACUGGUAGGGUAGGGACCGCAGGCCUGGGGGCAUGGCGGAGGAAAGCAAAGGAGGCUGGAAGGAACGUCCCCUGUUCCUGCGCUGGGCUUGGGCACCAGAGCUGCUGCCUGCCUGUUGGGCCAGGAGCCGUCUGCCCUUACCUACCAGAAAACCAGCAGGCCCCCAGGCCAGCUGCUUGGGCUUCACUCUCCUCUUGUUUCUUCUAUGGGUUUCUAAAGCUGCCAGCCAAGACAGCCAAGGCCAAAGGAAGCACAUGCCUCUCUCAGGCCAAACUCACUUGCCCCUCAACUCUCCUCUACAGUCAGAAGUCUCUACCAUGGCCCUGCAGAGGCCAAAGAAAAUAGGCAAACAGCUCUAUUGCCACUCCUUCCCCAUGAGCCCAGGUCUCCUGGGGCUUGACGAUGAGACCAGAGACACAAACCUUGGGCAUCUUAAGGAUGUUAUAGUUUGGCUUCCAGUGGGAGCUGGAGAUGGAGGAUGGCCACCCCACGUGCCUGGGCAGAAGGAACAUUGCAUCCCCCAGGGGCUGCUCAUGUAGUCCUGAACUCCUGGACCUGGCACCACCCAUGGCAGCCCCUGUUCUGGCAAACUUGAAGUCAGAGAGCCGCAAAGGUGAAAAGAGGAGUUUGGGGUCUGAGAGAGAAGAGAAUGCACAGAGGCCGCCAUUUUGAAUUCUUACAGACAAUGUCAAAUGGCUCCCACUUCUCUAGGAGUAUAACGUGGGCAUGUGGUUGGAACAUAGUCUUCUCCACUUUCUGGCCAGAGGAUAGAGGACUCCCUGAAUCUCUCACAAAGGAUGCCCAGAGACUUGGCCAAUAUUUGAAGCCCAGAGGAACAAUGGAUUCCAUGGAAAUCCCACAGGCCCUCAAGCCAUUGGAUCUUACUUUGCUGGUCACCAAGCUGUUUUCUAAAUCAUUAGGGAGCUUGGGCUCUUUGCCAUCUACUCAUCAGCAACUCCCCAUUCCUGGCCAGUUGACCUUGAUCUGCUCUGUCAUCUUGGAAGAAGAGUAGCCUUGAUUAAAGUGAAAGUCAAGUCACCCCUCCUUGAAAGAGGGGUCCGGGCCUUACUGCACAGGCUAAUUUUGGGGUAGACAGGGAAAGCCAGAGGGGCCCUGAAGAACUCCUGGCCUCCUGGACUUGCCAAACCUAAAGAUAUCCCCCAGAAAAAGAAAGUUUUUAGGAGCAGAAUAUCGUGGCUGGUAGAGGACCCAAGGGUUGGAAGAGAGAAGCUGCCUCCUGGAGAAUUAACCAAAGACCCCGUACAGAGACAGAAGGCCAUCCUGGCCCCUGGUCUCUUGUCCAGAGCAGCUGGAACCUUGUGGGGUUUGGGGGUACAGCAGAGAAGUAGUGGCAGAUGGGGUAGCAGGGAGAAGUAGACCAGAUGACCUGUGGGUUCCAGCUAGUGGUGAUAGAUGCUCUAGAGGCCUGUGGCUUUAAGAUUCUGGAGCAGAAUGACACAUGGAAGGGUUAGGAGCAAAGUGUCCUUAAAGAGAACAUGAUGGGGCCAGCAGAGCUUCCCAUGGCCAAGGGCAGAGGGUAGUCUUUGAGCAGGGAAAGGGGGCUGGAGAUUCUGGACAGAGACCCAGAAACACCAGCCACCCUCCUCCCCUUUCUCUCCUGUUUCUGCUUGGGGAGCCUGAUUAGGGAAGAGCUCUAUUUUAGGUCUCAAGGAUCUUCUCAGCUGGGGUGAAGGGUAAACUCUUAGCUCCCCCAGGGACUCCCAAAGCAAGAGAGCACAGUGGGCUCAUGUGAUAAGUACUGUCCCCCCUCCAAGCUGAGCUGCAGGACCAAACCAGCUUGUUCCCAGAAUCACAGCAGCUCCAACAGGCUGUGUGCGCUGGAGGUGGAGGAAGAGGGCCAGACAUGCAGCAUAGCCGACACAUGUAACGAUAGGAAAAGCCAUGCUGGUGUGAGCUUCUGGGUGCAGGAGUGUGUGCUGUGUGCAUAGAUGUCUGUGUCUUUGUUUGUGUGAACUUUGGGGGCUGGAGGAGAAGGACAAAUUUGGAUGUUGACAGAGUCCAGGGCAUGCAAUAAUAGAAUCCUUUGGGUUCUGAGGUAUGUGUGUGUGCGUUGUGUGUAAAUUGGGGAUGAGGGAGAUAACUCUGGACAAGGAGCAGAGCCCCAUACAUGUAAAAACAGGAAAAGCCAUGUCAUAAUGGGGUUCUGGUGAGUAUAUGUAUGUAUACAUGCAUGCAUGAGUGUGUGUGUGUGUGUGUGUGCACAUUUGUGCACCAAAUGGCAGAGGGUAGAGGACAGGAUAAAACCUGCAGCAUUGCCAAAUAUAUUUAAAAGGAGAAGCCAUGUCAUCAAGGGAUGCACGUGUGAGCAUAUGUACACGUGUGUGUGUGUGUGGGCAUGUGUGUGCAGCAGAGACCCGGAGGGAGGACAGAACUAGCCAGACGUGCAGCACAGGUCAGUGCAUGUCAUAUGUGAGAAGCCAUGUGGAACUGGAAUUUGUGAAAGUGUGUGUGUGUGCUCACAUACAUGUGUUCAAAUGCACACAUAUGUUCCUGCUCACUACAGGAGAAGAGACGGACAAUCAGGAAGGCAGGGAACCAGGGUCUGUUUGCACUUCUGCUGUGGGGAGAGAUCAUCGGUCACAGAGAUUUGCCAAGAUUAUCUCAGCAUAGGUGCGGGGAGACUGGCCAAGUUGGGCAAAACACUUCAGGGACUCAUGGCUGGUGGCUCCUUUGCUCUAGGCAGAGUGCCCUGUUUGAAAGGAAAACGACCUAUUUUUGCAAUUUCCAGAGAACAGGAUUCUCAUGAAGGUAUUUGCCCAUUUGCUCUCACCAGCCACAGAUAUUAACCACUGUCUUUCUUUAUCCAGUAUAAUUUCUUAGCACAUGCCUACAUCCAUGCUCAUGUCACACACACGUGUGUGCUUUUGUGUAUAAUGCUCCAUGAACAUGUCGUGCUCUUCUGAGGCUAUGCACAUAGUCAGACUGUGAUGGGAGAGAGAAACAGAAGUGGGAUGGGGUAGGAAGAUUUCAUCAAAGGAGUGAAGAGUGGCUAUCAGAGGUACAAUUCAGAUAGGGAAGUCCCCCAAGUGUACGGAAAUGAUUUUUCGGCUCCUAAAUGGAAAUGGAUUACAUGCUGCCUGAUCUCCCCUCCCAUGUGAGCCUUAUGUCCAUACGUGUGGCUAAUGUUCAACUUCUGGCUGACAUCCUGUGUUUAUCUUUGAGACAUGCCCAGGGUUCAAAGUGCAGUGGAAACCACUUCUGCCCAAGUGUGAGCUGUGUCCCUCCCAGAGUACUAAAGGUGCUGCUACACCUUGAUGUGUGUGUGUUGUGGGGGGGAGGCGGGAGGCGGGGGGGAAAGAAGGUGUGCCCAGCAAAGCAAAUCAUGUGGAAUUAAAGUUUAGGCCCACCUGCCAGGUGGUGUGGACCUGAGCUGCAGUGUGGGUGCACGUACAUGGGGUGCACACACAGGUGCUGAGGUCGGAGGCUGGGAGUGACGGGGAGCGUAAAAGCUGGUUUGGAUGGAGCAGAAGAUGAGACUUGCCUGAACAGCUGCUGGACGGUCCCUGCCUGGCCCCACGUGCAAGCCCUACAACAGAAGAGUGCCCCCACCUUCCACCCCCCAUCUCCCACCCCUAAGUGUCAGUGCCUCCUCUCAACCUGCUCAGACUGGCCAAAUUGAGGGGCAGCAGUAAGGAGACAUACGCGUACCCCAGCAAGGCCCUUGGGCUUUGGGACAGUGAGCUCUCCUUAUCUCUUUUUCCCCUGACCUGUUACUGGUCUCUCUAUUGUAGAUGGAUAAGAAAACCCUAAGAGCUUUGUAACGGUUCAGGCGGCCCCACUCUGUGAGUGCCUCUCAAGAGGGAUAAUUGCCCCCCUUGGCCAGAGUUGCCUCUGGUUUUAAGCAGGCCUCCUCCACUAGCAGCCAAGACACUGCCUCAACUAGAGCAGCACGCUGGCUCCCUCCCUACGCCUGGGCACUGGCAGAUGGAAAUCCUGGCCUAGGAUGGGGGAGGGGCCUGGCAGUGUUGGGUGAAGACUCCAAAUGACUAGAAGUCACUCCCCUCCCCACACCCCACUCUCAGAGGGCGGAAGUCAGACCAGGACAGUCAGAAGCUGGUACUGUGUGGGGGUUGGCAGCUGCUUGUUCAACACUCAACAUGAAGCUGAUCCCUUCCCAAGCCAUCCCCAGCUAUACGUACCAACAUCUGCAACUCUGGCCCACAUCUGGAAUGGUCCUGUGUGGAGUGCCAUGUGGGAAAGGCCUAGCUCUGGUCACACAGCUGUAUGGACUUCAUAUCUGGGAUAGGCCCAGACCCCUAGAGCGAUAACAAAACAAAAAAAAAACAAAAAAUGAGCCCAACCCUGUAGACAGGCCUCUGGAGUAGACACAUCUGGAGCAGUCUCCCAAGUUAGUUGGACACACCCAUAAUGGGCCCAGCUGCUUGCCACAGCGGAAGGGUCCUGCCCUCUGUCCCCAUGCCAGUUUGAAUCAAGCCUUCAUUUCAGUCCUGCAUUUGCCCUGGAGUUAAAAUUUCAGA